UAGUUCGCACAUUAGAAUGAGUUAGUCGAAUUAUUUAAUUAUGGUAAUUCAAUAAGUUGGUGAAUUAAUAACAAUGAUUAGAUUCAAUCGAAGUUGAACUGGACGUUAACAUUUAUCCAAAUUGUACUAGACGUUGAUUGGAAAAACGAAAAACACUUUUCAUUUGAUUUUGUGAUAUUUGAGUUUUGAGUGGGUGUAAUAUUUUUACACUACAAUGGACGAAAAUAAAGACACGCACCAUGGUAGCCGCCAAAACUUACCCGCAAAGCACUGCGAACCAAAAAUUACACAGAUAAACUAUAACACAAACACACAUCCAGAAAACAACAAUUUGCUACAUAUGAUAAAAUGUCAUGAGGAUAGCUUACUGCGCCUUCACCACCUUACAGCGGGCAGACAGUUAAAUAACUACGAAGCACCAAAUCAAUACGAUUUAUCAUGGUACCAGAAAGAUUUACAACGUCAAUACAUAAAGCCAAUGGAUUACGUGACCUACGAGGAUAUGAGGAGAAAGUUCGAUGAAGCCAAGAACACAAAAGAACAUAAAGAAUCGGAAGAAGAAAAAGACUCGAAAGAUGAGAGAAAGAAGCCCAGAAGGAACAGAACUACGUUUACAAGCCAGCAAUUGGCAGCCCUUGAAAAGGUGUUUGAGAAGACUCACUAUCCUGAUGCUUUUGUGCGGGAGGACUUGGCGUCUAGGGUCAAUUUAACUGAAGCUAGAGUGCAGGUUUGGUUUCAAAAUAGACGAGCAAAGUUCAGGCGCAACGAAAGAUCGGCUCUUUCAACCCACAGGAGUUCAACAAGUCAGAGUUCCCCCGAGCCUCUACCUGUACCCAUUGGAAUACCUCAAUCCGAUAACAGGCAGGAUAGCAUCACUCGUACAAAAGAACCUUGGCUGCACCACUUUCAAACAAACAAUCUUAAUUUUAAUUUAGGUCUCCCUAUAACAAACUCUGGGAUAUACCAGAACGACUAUUCAUUGAUGAUGCAAAAUGUUAAUAACAGACAAUAUGUGCCUAAUAACACGCUUAUGGGUCAGAGUAUGAGUAAUUAUGGUAAUGCGACGGAAAAUAAUUAUGGGUCUUGUGCGCUUAUGGGCUAUGGUGGAUCACUUCAGCCGCAUCAUAGUUCAUAUAAUCUAAACUUACGGCUUCGUCCGCACGAUUUUAGUAUAAAUAACAUAACUUUAUAG